UACACGGCAUCCUUCGCCUUCUUCGAAGCACUGUGGCAAUUCGGCGUCAAAAACGUCUUUGUUAACCUCGGCUCGGACCAUCCCAGCAUCAUGGAAGCAAUGGUGAAGGGGUAUAAGGAGCGCAAAGACCACUUCCCCCGCAUCUACACCUGUCCGAAUGAAAUGGUCGCAUUGUCCAUGGCGGAUGGAUAUGCGCGUGUCACGAAUGAGCCGCAGUGUGUGAUUAUCCAUGUCGAUGUGGGCACGUCUGGUCUUGGGGCUGCGAUUCACAAUGCAUUGACUGGGAGAGCGCCAGUGCUUAUUUUUGCGGGCUUGUCGCCGUUUACGUUGGAGGGGGAGAUGAGGGGGUCAAGGACGGAGUAUAUUCACUGGUUGCAAGAUGUUCCCGACCAGAAACAGAUUGUGGCGCAGUACUGUCGCUACACUGGGGAGAUUCGGUCAGGCAAGAAUAUCAAGCAGAUGGUCGGGCGAGCACUGCAGUUUGCAACCAGCGAGCCCAAAGGACCUGUUUAUCUCAUGGGAGCGAGAGAAGUCAUGGAAGAGGAGAUUGAACCAUAUUCUCUCAAUCCAGAGUACUGGGAGCCUGUUGAGGCUGCCGCAUUACCUCAAUCGGCUGUGAAGUUGAUAUCAACAGAACUGGUGAAUGCGAAACAGCCUCUUCUCAUCACGGGCUACAGUGGUCGCAACCACCAGGCCGUGGGUGCAUUGGUUGAUCUGGCGAAUGAUGUCAAGGGCUUGCGAGUUCUUGACACAGGAUGCUGUGAUAUGUGUUUCCCAGCCGAUCAUCCUGCAUCCUUGGGAAUGAAGUACGGCUCGGAUGAGAGUAUCACAACAGCAGAUGUCAUUCUUCUUGUUGAUUGCGAUGUGCCCUGGAUUCCGACGCAAUGUAAACCAAAAGAUUCUGCGCGCAUUUUUCAUAUCGACGUCGACCCGAUGAAGAAGUUGAUGCCGUUCUUUUACGUGAAUGCUCUGCGGAGAUAUUCAGCUGAUGCAUUUACGGCCGUCUCUCAGUUGGUCUCGUAUAUUCAGUCUACACCAGAGAUACAAGAAAUUGUCAGCUCAACCGAAUUCGACAAUCGAUGGACGACUCUCCAACAGAAUCACCAGAAACGCAUCGAGAACCUCGACCUGCAAGCCAUCUCUCGCCCAGACAACACCUUCAACACCUCCUUCCUCUGCAAGAAGGUCCGCGAAAUCGUCCCAGAAGACACCAUCUUCGCCGUCGAAGCAGUAACAAACACAAUCCUCGUCUCAGACCAAGUCCGACCAAACCUUCCCGGCCAGUGGAUCAACUGCGGUGGUGGCGGACUUGGAUGGAGUGGCGGCGGUGCACUCGGCAUCAAACUAGCUACCGAUGCAGUUGAUGAAGCAGAGGGACUUGAAAAGAAGCGCAUGAUUGUGCACAUUGUCGGCGAUGGCACGUUCAUGUUCAGUGUUCCGUCGAGUGUUUACUGGAUUUCGCAUCGAUAUGGGAUUCCUAUUUUGACUAUUGUGCUCAACAAUAAAGGCUGGAACGCCCCUCGACGAUCGAUGUUGCUUGUCCAUCCAGACGGCCUCGGAUCAAAGGUGGACAACGGCGAGUUGAACAUCUCCUUCGAGCCCAGUCCAGAUUACUCUGGCAUUGCCCGGGCAGCCAGCGAUGGCCAUAUCCACGCAAAGCGUGUCUCUGCAGCGGACCAGUUAGAGUCUGUUCUACGGGAGGCGACUGAUUUGGUCCUGGGAGGUACCUCUGCUGUGAUUGACGCAUUUGUUGGAUAG